GCGCUUGCCCAUGCGGAUGGGAUUGAGAGAGGACACGUGGUAGAUUGGGUUGUGUGCCCUCACCUCUGAGAGCAUAGACUACAUGAAGCUGCUUCAUAGCAGAGCUAGAGAGCAACCUCUUCAAAUACAUGACGAUUCACUGAGCAGAGUCUACCCAAGCUGCAUACAACGCCCUACACUGUCUCAUCUAAAUCUAGAUCGGUAUGACCAGAGAAGAUGGAUAUAAUGAAGAAUACAGUUAUGAUAGGAUGGCUACAUUGGAACUAGGAAUUCCAGAGAGUAGGAGGUACCACGCAGAUCUGAAAUUGUCUGACAAGUUGCAUCCAUGUGUCAAGUACAAAACCUGGAUGUUUUCUCUGCUGAUUGGGAGUUGUCUUCUUGGAACUUCAGGAUUUUCACUUUACUUAGGAAACAUAUUCCCUUCUGAAAUGGACUAUCUGAGAUGUGCUGCCGGAUCUUGUAUACCUUCGGCUGUUGUAAGUUUUGCAGUGUUGAAGAACAAAGAGAAUGUGAUAUCUCAUUUUCAGAUAUUACAUGUAUCAACAUUUUCUAUUACCACUACCUGCCUAAUAUGGUUUGGCUGCAAGUUAGCAAUUCAACCAACAGCAAUUAAUAUAAAUUUCAAUUUGAUGCUCCUCAUUCUGAUGGAAAUUCUUAUGGCAACAACAGUGAUCAUUUCUGCAAGGACGCAGGUGGACUGCUGUCCUGAAAAAAGAGGUUCAACCUGUGGGAGCUCAAACAAUCUAAGACCUGUCCAGUUUCCUGCAAGGAUGAUGAAGUUUUUCUCUAUUGUUGAGGUGGUAGUUGGAAUAUCUGCAGUGUUUGGCGGUGUCAUUGCAUUACAUAUUGAUGUACUCCUAAACAGUCCUUAUUUGUAUGUCUCCAUCUUUUGGGUAUUAGCAGCCUGUUUCCCAUGUGCCAUUGCCAGCUAUGUUGCAGCGGAAUUCCCAAGCCAGUGUGUGGUUGAAGUUCUGAUAGCUACUAGCAGUAUUACAGCUCCAUUAUUAUUUACUACUUCAUCUUACUUGUCUAUCUAUGUCAUACAGACAAUUGCCAUUUUUAAAAACUACCCACCUGAUGUAACGCACUUCUAUGAAGUGUUGCUCUUACUCCUGAUGCUGAUCCUGUUGGUUCAAGCUGUGCUCACAAAUAUCACAGUCAUACUGUGCGUCCAAUAUAAAUCACAAAUGAGAAUGCUGGAUUCAACCUGGAAUGUAUCAUAUGUGGAUAAGUCUGAUCAAAGAAAUAAUGAAGUGUAUACAGGGGACGAGGCAGUAGCACUGGUGUCGGCAAGGAGUGGAAGUACAGCGGAAGCUGUACAAAUACAAAACUAAAUAGUUUUUGCUUACUGAUGAAAAGCAAAAAGCCCAGAUGCAAUAAAGGUUUCCAACAACACCCUGAGAAACUUUGAUAAAGAAAAAGCUUGGAAAGCUGUCAUGGUACAAAUGACUCAGUAGUAC